AUGUGUAGCUCUUUAUCUAAAAGUGUUUUGGAGGCUAUUGUGGUGAAUGGUAAGCUUCAUUUGGGUAGUCUUUACAAUUUGCUUCUUACUUGUGAGAAGAUUGAUUAUGAGAGAAUUAUUUGGUGGAAACUUUCAGCCCCUAAACAUAGGUUUAUUUUGUGGCAAGCUGUUAAUAGUCAUCUUCUUACUAGGGAUUUUCUCCAUUAUUGUGGUUUGAAUGUUACCUCUAUUUUAUACCCGGUUUGCGUUCAAGCUGAUGAAAGUCAUACUCACUUAUUUUUUGACUGCAUCUUCUCCAAGAGGAUCAUGCAAAGAGUUUAUGGUUGGCUUGGAGAGGUGAUUUGGCCUGAGAAGUUUGAAGAUUGGCUUGUGUGGCUUGCUUGUAGAAGGAGCGGUUGGGUGCUCCAAAUUGUGGUUGAGGCUCUAGAUGCCACAGUUUAUUUCAUUUGGUUAAAUAAGAACAUUUGUUGCUUUGAUAAUAGUUGUUUUACAAUUCUUAAAAUGCAUAGCUUGAUUUGGUUCACUGUAAAAACCAGAGUUCUCAAUCUAAGUUCUAGAAAGUUAUCUUCUAGAGAGAGGCAAAUGCUUGAGUUUGUUAGUUGCGUGUAA